ACGGAGCCUCUCCAAAAAUUAGCUUCCUCGAGAGUUGGUUCAGUCCAAUGUCCUCCGCCGUUAGUGCUAGAUAACAAACGAGGGUGAACUUGGAGGUUAAGGAAAAAUGGUUAACUUUGCGUCCAUGCUGCGGGACCACUGGGUCAACGUGCUAGUGCCCCUUGGAUUUGUGAUCGGCGUCUACUUGGACAGAAUGAAUGACCAGAAGCUCACAGCGUUCAGGAACAAGAGCGCACUGUACAGCAGGGAGCUGAAGCCAGGAGAAGAAGUUACCUGGAAAUGAUCUGUCUGGACAAGGGAAAUAUUUAACGUUCACACAAUCACCGUAGAAAUCACCAUUGUUUCCUGAUUCCUGCUGGGAGGACAGACAUACAAAAGGAUGCUUUUCAUUAUGUAAUAGAAGACAAAGUUUAAAAUGAAGUUAGUAAAACAUGUACUUGGUCCUAGGUGUAUUUGGAAAUGGUGAACGCUGUAUAUAAAUCUUUAAUUAGCCAAAACAAA